AUGAACCUACAAGACACUGACAUCGAAAUGAAACUGAACACCCCAAGUCCAGAGGUGGCCAACAACCACAAACAAUCGGCCAAAAUAACCACCCUCCAGAAAUCACUUGCAACCAUACAAUCCCAGAUCGAUUCAGUUCAAUCUGAUAUAAAUGGAGUCCUUCCCAAGCUACAAAAUGAUCCCAACAAGACAGUCAAGCAACACAUCCAUCUCCUACACUCUUAUAACGAGAUCAAGGAUGCGGCGCAGGGAUUGAUGGGACUACUGGCCGAGAGUCGGGGGGAGAGACUUGGGGAUGUGAGUCGGAGUUUUGGGAUGUCGGACAAGGAUUAA